AUGUAUCUUGAUUUUAGAUGCCGUCACCUUCAUUUGCUUCUACAUUGUUUCUCGAUAGCCGGUUUCUUCGUCCUCAGCUCCGCCUCUGACAGAAUCACGACCGGCCAGUCAAUCCGGGACGGCGAGACUCUGAUCUCCUCCGGCGGAAGAUUCGCCUUCGGAUUCUUCAGCCCGAACAACGACACGUCCACCCGUUACGCCGGAAUAUGGUACAACCAGAUCGCAAACCGCUCCGUCGUCUGGGUAGCCAACCGUGAAUCCCCUGUCCCCGCCAAUGGCGUCGUACUAUCAGUCACCACCGAGGGCAAUCUCGUAAUUUCACACAACAACAGCGGCCAAGUCCUCUGGUCCUCCGCCGCCACAUCCACCACCCUCCCUCCGGCGAACUCCACCCUUAUCCUCAUGAACUCCGGCAACCUCGUCCUCCGCGCCGCCUCCGACAGGGUCCUCUGGCAGAGCUUCGACCACCCGACAGACACGUACCUUCCCGACAUGGAAGUCCACAUCAGCGCCCGUGAUGGCGAACAACGUGUCUUCACGUCGUGGUCGGGCCCGCUCGACCCGUCUCCGGGAAACUACUCGAUGGGGGUGGACACACGGGGUCCGCCUCAAAUAGUCAUCUGGGACGGGCCCCGCCGCCGGUGGAGGAGCGGCCAUUGGAACGGGCUCGUCUUCAUCGGCGUCCCCGGAAUGCGGAAUUUCUACCGGCUCGGUUUCCGGCUGAACGAGCGAGAUGGACAGCUGUCCAUCACGUACACGACGCCGUCGAGCGACUCGGAAAUGGUUAAGUUUCGAUUGAGUUGGGAAGGAGUCGAGCUGCAAGAGAGGUGGAUCGAGGAGAGUCGAGAGUGGGAGGCAUUUUACCGGCAUCCGAUCGACGAAUGUGAUUUGUAUAAUUAUUGUGGGAAUUUCGGGAUGUGUCGGUUGGGGGAAGAGGACAGGUGUCGGUGUUUGGAGGGGUUUGAGUCGAGAGGGAAUCGGACCGAGGGGUGUGUGAGGAGGGCUGGGCUCGAGUGCGAAACGGAUGGGUUCUUGGAGGUGAGGCGAGUGAAGUUGCCUGAUUUCGUGGAUUAUGUGGGGUCUGAGGAUGUGAGGGGUUGCGAGAGUUUGUGCGCGCGGAAUUGUUCGUGCACAGCGUACGCGUACGUGAGAGGGAUAAGUUGCAUGGUUUGGUAUCGGGAAUUGGUCGACAUUCAACAGUAUGAGGAAGGGGAGAAUUCUUUGUUCGUUCGAGUCGCGCGUUCUGAGCUCGAUCAAGUAAAUCAUGCAAGGAGAAUAAUUAUCAUAACAACAGUCACAGUUGGUACGAUCCUUAUCUGCGUCUCGGUUUGGCUUAUCGUCAAGUGCAGAAGAAAACGCCAGGAGACUCUAAGCAAAACCAAAAAGCCCAAAGUUCGUCGGAGUGGGGAAUUUUCCUAUGAGUCAUCCGGGCCGUGUGACAUAUCUAUCGAAAGUCAGCAAUCAAACGGACCUGAACUUGCAAUGUUCAGCUUCAGCUCUGUGGUAACAGCUACAGAUAACUUUUCAGACAAGAACAAACUCGGACAGGGAGGUUUCGGUGAUGUUUACAAGGGAAUGUUACUCGGAGGACACGAGAUAGCCGUGAAGAGAUUAUCGACGAAAUCGGGUCAAGGAUUAGAGGAGUUUAAGAAUGAAAUUAUGCUAAUCGCAAAAUUGCAGCACCGUAAUCUUGUUCGAUUAUUGGGCUGCUGCAUUCAUGGAGAAGAAAAGCUGUUGCUUUACGAGUAUAUGCCCAACAAAAGCCUCGAUUCGUAUCUUUUCGAUGUUGAUAAGAAAGGCGAGCUAGACUGGAAGAAGCGUUUUAAUAUAAUCGGAGGGAUUGCAAGAGGACUUCUCUAUUUGCACCGAGACUCGAGGCUUAGAAUAAUACACAGAGACCUGAAAGCUAGCAACAUUUUGUUGGACGAGGAAAUGAACCCGAAGAUUUCGGAUUUCGGCAUGGCUCGAAUAUUCGGAGGCAACCAAAACGAAGCCAAUACAAACAGGGUAGUGGGCACAUAUGGUUACAUGGCGCCCGAAUAUGCUAUGGAAGGUCUAUUUUCUUUGAAGUCGGAUGUGUACAGUUUUGGUGUAUUGCUGUUGGAGAUCAUAACGGGCCAAAGAAAUAUCGACUUUCGCUUAACAGAUUACGUAAAUAUAAUUGGAUAUGCGUGGAAUCUUUGGGAUAAAGGAAGAGCAGUGGAGCUGCUUGAUCUUUCCAUCAUGAAGAUGGGAACUUCUUGCAAUGAACAAGUGUUGAAGUGUGUACAUGUCGCGAUGCUUUGUGUACAAGACAAUGCAGGUAAUCGGCCAGACAUGUCGGCUGUUGUACUGAUGCUCGAGAGUGAAAACAUGGCCCUGCCUUUGCCAACACAGCCGACUUUUACAUCGACGAGACAUAAUAUCGAUACCGACAUGUGGAAUGGGAUUAAGGAUGCUGAUCAGUCCUCAAAUAAUGUGACAAUGAGUGUGAUUAUUGGUAGAUAA